GGUAGAACCAGCUUUGUCAUUGUUUCUCGUGGCGCUUGCAUGCUGGAGAUCCUUCAAAAAAUACAUGCAGCCACAAUGAUUCAUCCUAGCCGUUCUUUGCGGUUGAAAAUGAAAUUUCCCAUGAACGGGGGAAAGUACAUGCUUAUGCCCCUCAUUGAUGAGCCUAUAACAAAUAUGUGGGGCAUAACUCAAAUGGAGGAUAUGUCGACGCUUGAGAUAUACAUUGAGGAAUCCUGUGACGCCUAUGGUACUCAAUCAACAUCAAAUGAUGUCGUAUCUACGCAUGAUGUCAAUGCAGGGGUGAAUGCAGGGAACUCCUCAAAGGCUCCUGUACUGGACAUGGUUAUACAGGAAGAUGGUAGGUAUUUGCACAACGGUGCAUCAUUUGUGGAUGGGCAGGGAAGUGAUGAUGAUGCUGACGAGAACAUCAAUGGUGAUGACAUGACAGAUCUGAUGAAGAUGAUGGUGAUACUGUCACGAAAACUGCCCCGUCUAGCCAUUUUACUAGAAUGUGCCUCUAGAUAGAGCGCUUCUCACUGCUCUACUUGAGCGUUAGAGGCAGGAGACACACUCAUUUCACCUCCCUGUUGGUGAGGUGACAGUGACAUUGGGAGAUAUUGUUGUACUUACCAGGUUAGAGGUUCAUGGGAGAGCUGUUACAGGCACUGCUUGUCGACAGUGGGUGGAUGAGUGUGAGCGGUUGUUAGGCAUCCAUCCCGUUCUUAGGACUGACCUUCAGGGGUCACUCUGAGGAUGCCAUGGUUGAGGGAGCACUUCCAGGUGCUUCCUCCCGACGCUGAUGAGGUGAUGAUCCAGCAGCAUGCUCGGGCUUAUAUAUUGAUGAUGAUGGGAGCCUCCAUUUUCGCUGACAAGAGCGGAAAUGAGGUUCAGGUGCUGCACUUGCCUUUGCUAGAGAGGUUUGAUGUAGCAGCACAGUUCAGCUGGGGUAGUGCCACCUUGGCUUAUCUAUACAGACAGCUUUGUCGCGGCUACCAGAGAGGGAGCACAGAGCUUGGGGGAUUUUUGCUACUCCUCCAGAUUUGGUCAUGGGAGUAUAUCCACAUUGGGCGUCCCAUUAUAGUCGGAUAUCAUGGCAUUGAUGGACAACCACUGCCUGAUGAGCCUCCACAUCUUCUAGGACCACAUCAUGUACGGGGCGAGGACCCUCUAGGCCGUCGAUGGCUAUAUGCUGGUCUAUCUCGCAUGUCAUCCGUUACUGGGCUCGGUGUGUACAAGGAUGCAUUUGAUCGGAUGUCUGAGGAGCAGAUUACAUGGAUGCCGUUUACACCUGAGAUGUUAGCAGAGUUGCCCCCAACUGGACGAGAGCAUACUCACAUAUGUGUCGUUGAUAUGUUUUGACAUUGUUGAGCUUCAUUUGCCUGAUAGAGUCUUGCGACAGUUUGGGUUUGAGCAGGUCGUUCCACGGCCUAUCGACACUUAUGUUGAGCUGCAUAGGCUGGAUAGGCGUGGGAAGCAUACAGAGGAUUGGGCACUCAGACAUGUCCGAUAUGUGACUAUGUGGGAAAGGAGAGCUGAGCUAGUUGUGGCUGGGACACCGACAUAUGUGCCAUCUGUUUCAGGAGACUACAUGGGAUGGUAUUAAAGCAUCACUCGUUUGUUUGUGUCUCCUUCGUUCAGACUCCCUACUCAUCAUUAUCAGCCUAGCUCCUUGGCUUUGCAUCUUACGACACGAGCUUUGCAGCGCAUACAUCGGCGGGCUACUGCCACAGUGACUGAUAGUCAUGAUGUGGACAUGUAUGGAUAGGCUCUGACAGGCAUUGCAUCCUUGUGUUCAGAUGUGUUGGGGCGAAUCGACUACGGCCAUCUUAAACACAUGCCCCCAUCUCAGGAGAUGUCAUCCACGUCUAGUGCAGCGGCGGCUUCAUCGUCACAGACGCAGCAUGAGAGAGUGGUUCUUCAACCAUGACAACGGCGUAGGCGUCAGCCUAGGCGUAGACAUGAGCAGCAACAUCUCCAUGACGAAGCUGAC